AUGGUGCAGUUACAUCAACUGAGGAAAGUACCGGUAACUGGUCGUGUUAUCACAAUGAAUUCGAUGCAGGCACCGCAACAGCUCAUUUCCGUUCCUACGCGCAUGGUCUCCAAUGGGACGCCGAUGAGUGACGCUGAUGCCGCAGUUCCUCUCGACAAACGCGAGAGGAAUUGGAAUUACUUGCGAUUCAAACGUCUAAAUUUCAGCAUAUCCCACCAAAUUCCUUUAUUCGACAAUUGGGGCAUCAUCCGGGAGCCCGACAGCGAUCAAAGUUCUCUGACACAGUCAUUCAUCAACGAUAACCAUCAAAGAGUUUACUCGUUCGAAGAACUGAUCUAUGAAUUGGCAGAUAGGAUAAUCACUUGCAGCGAGUUCAUAUUGACUCCUCCCUCGUAUGUGGCACCUGACUGGAGGUUCGCUGAAUACCCGCCAGCCGCGCAGGCUCUUUACCUGGCAUGUAUCGAGCUUCUCGCUAGUCCGCACACACUCGAGCACAUCGUGCCCGCAAUGAUUAGUCUGCUAGUGCGCUCAAGAGCUCAGCCACCGAGACCAUAUCUCAUGCUGAAUGCCAUAGCUUUACUUCUGACAGCUUUGCCUGAUGCGUAUUGUCGCGUACUGCAGAAUGAAUUUUUGAAUGUCACAGCGGAGUAUUAUCAGAUGUUACAGCCGCCCACUCAUUGUGAAUGUUGUGGCGCAGGCUUACUGCGCGAGUAUCUAGCGCUAGGCAUGGAUGAAAAAGGAAAAGCAGAAACGGCUUCAGGCGGUACUGAUAGUUCCGACACGGCGGGCGAUGCACCGGCUGCGCUACAUAGAGGAGAUUCUGUAGACGAUCCGUCGCCUCCUCCGGUCUCGGAUGCUACCAAGUCCUUGGAAUCUAUCUUUGUCAGGGAAGCAUUGGCUUUUCGCGCACGAGGUGGUGGUUGCGGAAAGCCUUUGGUUUACUAUAUGGAUGGAUUUACCAUUGAGGCUGGUGUUUUGAAUGAAUGGUUGUCAUAUUGCAAACAAGAGAUAACUUCAAACUACAAUCUGCGGUUCAAAAUACUUGUUCGUCUACGCAGUGCAGCAUUGACCUCGUCGACGUCAGACUGCCAUGAUAAAACAAGUCACUACGAUGGAUACUCAAUUUACACUCUGUUUCAGACAUAA